AGAGAGAGGGAGGAGGGAGGGAGGAGGGAGGAGGGGGAAACGGCGUAUGCUUGUAUACAAGCCUGAUUUCCAUUUUUUUCCCAACUCGUAAUGUAUUUAAUUCAAGUGAAACGUAAUCAUGACGUGUCGUGUCAUUAAUCUGCUCGCCGCCUCUCCCAAAAUCAAAGGAGCAGGCUGCCACAGAAGAGAGUCGCCCAUCAGCCCGGACAGUAAAGAAUGGCAUAGUAUCACACACACUGCUGAGGAUGGAUUCUCCGCCCGAGUGUGUGUUGUCUCUUUCUUGUGAGCAGCCCCAGUCUCCCCCCACACUGCCGUCCCUGGACCACAGCCCCCUGGCGUUGUUCCCUCACACCCAGCUCUCUCUACCCGACAGCCCCGGUGUCCUGCCCAUUAACAGCCUUGAACCUUCCCCUCUGAGCCCAGACACCGCACCUUACUUCCCCCUCUCUCCCUUCCCCCUCCACGAGGACAACAACCACCAUGAUGUUGAAGAAGAGGACGAGGAGGAAGGGCUGGAUGGAGUUCCUCCAUCCCCGAUCCCAGCAGUGGCCCUGUUCCCUGGAGGAGGAGGGGGACAAGAAGCUGGAUGCAGCCCUUGUUUGGAUACCUCUCCCCCGGCUACACCAUCAACGCCACUCCUUGGCUUUGGAGCCCUGGAGCUGGCCCUGUCGUCAGGGCAGAGUGGGAACUGCAACGACGAGCUAGACCUCCAGCUGUUCCAGAAGGAUACCGUUACCAGGGCGAUACCGGGAGUGGGAGGGGCCACAUCUGGGCCUGCGCUCAGGUUUCCCUGUCACGUAUGUGGUAAGAGAUUCCGAUUCCAAAGUAUUCUGUCUCUUCACGCCCGAGCUCACAGUCUGGACCGAGACCGUCGAGCUUCAGCCCUCUACCGGACCGGACUCCCCUCGGCUCCUCUAAAGCAGCACCUCAAGGUCCAACAGAACCACAAGGACAUAAUCCAGAGUCAGCGAAGUUACACAAACCAGCGUUUACUGCCCGGGACUCUCAUCCAGCAUCUGACAGAAGAAGAGGAUGUGGACAGUGAGGUCAAAGGUCUAGAUGAAGGCCUACAGACAGACCACAACCCAAACUUUUUACUCGAUGAUAGCACGCCAUUGACCCCUCCACUCACAGAGGACCCAGUGUCUGUGACCUCUCCCUAUUUGUCCACCAUUGGGGAGAGAGCAUCUACUCCCACAGCACCUACAUUUCGCUGCCAUGCCUGCAAAGGAAAAUUCCGCACAGCGUCAGAGUUAGCGCGACAUGUCCGCAUUCUCCAUAACCCAUAUAAAUGCACCCUUUGUCCUUUCUCUGCCAGCCAAGAAGAGAGCCUGGCAUCUCACCUGCAGGAGUGCCACCCUUCUCCAGAGGUACCUGCUCUGCCACCAGCCUUCAAUUCCAGGCCAAUAAUUGCGACCCCUGACACUCCGGUUCCUACCCCGACACAUACCCCAGCCCCAACCCCGAGCACCCCACAGGCGACAUCAGCUGCCACAGCGGCUGCAUCCCCUUCACUGCCAGCGUUUCGCUGUGAGACUUGUGGACAGCGGUUUACCCAGUCUUGGUUCCUCAAGGGACAUAUGCGAAAGCACAAAGACUCCUUGGACCACAAGUGCCAGGUAUGUGGCCGUGGCUUCAAGGAGCCUUGGUUCCUAAAAAACCACAUGAAAGUACAUCUCAACAAGCUUGGACUGAAAGCUGGGCUGGGAACACUUGGGGCACCAGGAGGCGCAGAUCAGCAGGCCAAAGGCUCUGCAGGAAACCACUCUCUCAAUGCCCUUUACUCCAGUCUCCUUCUGGCCCAGCGAGGAGGUGGUAGAGGUGGACAGGGAAGGUCUGAGAGGGGCAGAGUGGGGAUGGGAUCAAGCAAGUCAGCCAUCCUUGGCUACCUGGGGCUGCCCAGUGAUGGCAGUGGGGCCAGCUGCAUGGAGAGACUUCAAGCAGUGGCUCAGGUGGCAGAGAUGGGAAACAGUGGUGGUGGGAUUGGCGGCCCUGGAGGAGGGGACCGAGGAAGAGGAGGGGGAGUUUCUAGAGGCACAGGUGACACAACUGCAUCGGUAUCUGAAGGAGGAGAACAGGCCACUUGGUGGCAGCUGGUAGCUCGCAGCCUGGCAGUUGCUCAGCAGCAGCAGCAGCAACAGCAGCAGCAACAGCAGCAGCAACAACAGCAGCAGCAACAGCAACAACAACAGCAGCAGAGGUCCCACCAGCCAGGUCAGCAGCAAGGCCAGCGAGGUCCAGGUCGGAGCUCUGUCAUCACUGAGGCUGACCAAGUCAGAGCCUAUCUUGCAGGCCUAGAUCCAAGAGAGGAGUCUGGAGGAGCGGGAGGGCCAUGGGAAUGCCCAGACUGUGGAAAGCUAUUCCGCAGUUUGCAGCAGGUGGUGGUUCAUGCUCGCGUUCACACUCAGAGGCCACAGAAAGGAGUUGGCGCCGAGGAGGAGGGAAGUGGUAGUCGUAGAGGAGGGGGGCUCGGAAGAGGAGGCAGCGGCGAAGUGAGGCAGGAGUCUCAGCUACACGGCGGCGGAUCCCAACAAACGGGAGAAGUGAGACCGGAAUCAAAACUGCGCAGUAGUGGAUCACAACAGCCGGGAGCAGCGACGGGAUUUCACUCUGUCAUCUCCGGUUUCAAAGGAGAAAAUGGCUUGACAGCAGUCUCCUCUGUACCUUCAGUUCCCAUCAGGGAGCGAGUGCGUGGUAGAGGGAUAAAAGACUGCCCCUACUGUGGUAAAGCCUUCCGCUCUUCACACCAUCUAAAAGUGCACCUGAGAGUUCACACAGGUGAGAGACCCUACAAAUGUCCACACUGUGACUAUGCGGGAACCCAGUCGGGCUCACUGAAGUACCACCUCCAGCGGCACCACAGGGAGCAACGUAACUCCUUGUCAGCCUCGGCCAAUUCCUCCUCCGCUAGUCUCACCUCCACUAUCAACAGCCUGACCUCUGGAACCUCUGGGAUGGUCAAGCAGCGUCGAUCCCAAAGCAACCACUGCCCAGUCAACCGCGGCCCAUCAGACUCCCCCACUUCUCGGCUGAGCCAGCAGUCCUGGCUCCUGGGCCUACCAGACCAGCGGGAGCAUCGGAAGGCCUUGGCCGCUCUAAGGGAUGUUGACUUGGAGAGCCAGUACAGGUAUCUGUCUGGGGUGAUGGGAGCUCUUUACCAAGGUGGAAUGGAAGGAGGCUGGAUUAGAGAGUCUCCCCCACCAAAGGCACCUAAAGUGUCCCGGCGUAAGCCCCUUACUACUAGUCGAAUGGUCCAGCCCUCGAGUGACAAGGAAGGCCCCGCCCCUUCAACUCCAGAGGGUGGGUUUGAACCCCUGGAUCUGUCCCGUCGGCCCUCACCAGGCCUGGGGGGGAUGGAGGAAGACGGAGUCAUGAGUGUAGUGGAAGGUGGAGUUGACGAUGAUGGGGACAGUUCAUCAGGGGUCACACUGAGCCAGUGUUUGUUCUGUCCUUUCCGAACAUCCUCAGCAGAGCUGAUGGCCAUGCAUCUCCAGGUCAACCACACCAGUAAGUCCAGGCGUAAAAGAGGCUCUUCAACUACCUUCGAUGAUGACGGAGCCCCAAAGGUCACCAAGCCCCGAAAGGAUCUUACCGAACUCGAUUCCUUGGGGAUAUGGAGGCAUGUGAGUGAGUCCCAGGCACCUCUGGGGGAAUGGUCCUCAACCCAGACCCUUAAUGGGCUCUCUAAGGAACAUCAGGCUCAUGUUCUUGACCACCCAGACCCCAACGUAGCCUCAGUAUCCAACAAUGCUAUGGACGGCCUGGGGCUUAAGGAGAAGUUGGAAGGGGAGGAGGAAGAGCAAGAGGAGGACUUGGAAGAUAUCCUGGAGAACAGCAGUCUGGAGGACUCACAGGACCAGGAUCUGAGGAUGUCCCUCAAUCUUUCACCAGUCCUGAGCUCCAACCACCUGAUGGGAGGGGAGGAAAGGGUCUGAACCGAGGGAAGGAUCUAUUCAAACAGAGGUUUGGGCUAAAUGUUUUCAACCACAUUUGCCACAGAAUCGAAGUAUCGGUUGGAAGAUUUGCAGAGAAAAUGGUUUUAAGGUUUAAUGAAGAAUUGCCCCUUUAAAGUUUAAUUUCUUGAAAAGACGCGAUGAGUCUUGAAAACUUAUAUUUCACAGGG